AUGCCGUCGGAGGUGUCUUCCGUAUACGACCGUCAUUUCCGAUUCAUCGAGAUGUUUUUCCGCCAGAUCCAGCAGCGUUUCAAAAUGAGUCCAUCUGAGUUUUUGUUCGUGAUCUCAUUUUUAGUGAACUUUGUAAUAGGAAAAAUAGUACAUUCGUUGUCACCAGAUGAAGAAGUGUACAACUACUACACGAAUAAGAAGAACGUGCUCAACCAGGUGUUUGUGAAAAACGGCUGGUUCUGGACCACAGCCAACAUUGUCCUAUUCUACGGGAUAGUGUUGUAUAAAGAAAAGAGCAGUGCCAUUAGAAUUAAUAUAGCCAAGGGUGCAGUAAUCAGAUACGUGUUGGCCACAGUGUGGUGGAUCUUUUUUACCCAGUGGUUUUUUGGCUUGCCCAUCAUGGAUAAGGUAUUUGUAUAUACAGGCGGUAGUUGUGUGAUAGAGAAAGAGACUCAUCCUGGUCAGAGCCGUUUUCUCCAUCUUUUCGAAGCAGCAGGCGAAGAGGUUGGCAACAAGUUGAGUUCAACUUCUAUUACUUCCUAUCAUUGCCGAAGGAUCAAGGGAUCCUGGGAAGGAGGACACGAUCCCUCGGGACAUGUAUUCCUUUUGAUUCAUUCUUCGCUCUAUUUGUUUUUGGAGGUGUCUCCAUAUUGGGUGUCUUAUUCUCAUUUCAAGGCUUCGUUGUCUAAGCUUCGUAAAGAGGUUGUUAAGCCUGUGAGUUUAGGUGAAAAAUUCAGUAGCUUUAUAAAAUAUCUGGUUGCAAAUCCACCGAUUGUUGUCGCUAAGUUGAUCACAUUAUGGUGGUUCAUGUUGCUCAUGACCAACAUCUACUUCCAUUCGCUUGGUGAGAAGUUGGUAGGGUUGGUGUUUGGGUACAUUGGCGUAGUGGGAAUUUACUAUGUGCCACGGAUUGUAGAGAAGCAGAAGCAGCAGUGA